AUGGAUAAUAUUACACUACAGAAACAAGUUGAAAAUCUUCGACAACAAUUAAAAGUUGAUCGUGUUCCAUUAUCAAGAACGUUGAUGGAAUUGAAACGGUACAUACAAGAAAAUGAACAAGCUGAUCCACUUAUUCAUCCACCGGACAAAAAGAAUAAUCCAUGGGCAGAAAAAAGCAAAUUUGAAUGUGCAUUUGUCGGUGGUGUUAGUUGUAAUCGUUUGUUUUUUAAUAUGAAUUGA